AUGAAGCUGGGGUUUGUCUGUGCUCUGCUUUCUCUGCUGGCAGGGAACAGCCGGGCAGACACCAGAGCCAUUGGGGCUCAGGAAUGCCACCCUAACUCUCAGCCCUGGCAGGCAGGCCUCUUCUAUGUCACGGGCAACCCCUACCGCUUACUGUGCGGGGCGACCCUCAUCAGUGACCGCUGGCUGCUCACAGCUGCCCACUGCCGAAGGCCGUAUCUGUGGGUCCGCCUCGGGGAGCACCACCUCCAGAAAAGGGAGGGCCCAGAGCAGCUGUUCCUGGUCACGGACUUCUUCCCCCACCCCGAGGAUGACAUCAUGCUGAUCCGCCUGCCCAGGAAGGCACGCCUGGGACCUGCCGUGCAGCCCCUCAACAUCAGCCAGACCUGCGUCUCCCCGGGCACCCAGUGCCUCAUCUCGGGCUGGGGGGCUGUGUCCAGCCCCAUAGUGCAUUUCCCAGUCACGCUGCAGUGUGCCAACAUCAGCAUCCUGGAGCCCAGACUCUGCCGGUGGGCAUACCCAGACCACGUCUUCAAGCGCAUUCUCUGUGCUGGCCUGUGGGAGGGGGGCCGCGGCUCCUGCCUGGGCGACUCUGGGGGCCCGCUGGUUUGCAACGGGACUCUGGCUGGUGUGGUGUCUGGGGGCUCUGGGCUCUGCUCCCGACCACAGCAUCCCGCUGUCUACAGUAGCGUUUGCCACUACGUGAAGUGGAUCAGAAAGACAAUGAAAAAACACUGA